UGCCCUUUAGGAUUUCCCAAUGUAAUUGGGUGCAUUGAUGGCACCCAUAUUCCCAUCAUCGCUCCUUCCCAAAAUGAGGCCGAUUAUGUCAAUCGGAAGUCCAUCCACAGCAUUAAUGUGCAGAUCAUAUGUGAUGCUGCACACAUAAUUACAAAUGUGGAGGCUAAGUGGCCCGGCUCGGUUCAUGACUCACGGAUAUAUCGUGAGUCAUCUCUGAGCAACAGAAUGGGCCAAGGAGAGAUCGAUGGCCUGCUGCUGGGUGAUAGGGGUUACCCGUGCCAACCUACACUCAUAACCCCUUACCCAGAACCUGAGCCAGGCCCCCAGCAGCACUUCAAUGUGGCACACAACAGGACAAGAUCCCGGGUGGAGAUGACCAUAGGCCUGUUGAAAUCACGUUUCCAGUGCCUACGCCACCUCAGGGUGACCCCUGAAAAGGCUUGUGACAUUAUUGUGGCAUGUGUUGUUCUUCAUAAUAUUGCCAUUAUUAGAGGGGAGCAACACCCUGCCCUACAAAUUCAAGACCCUGAGGAAGACCUCAUACACCAUGGGGAUUUCCAGGAUGGAAGGGUGGUCAGAGACCUCAUAUGCCGCAAUGUCUUUGGACACUAAUGAACCACACCAACACAGGACUGUUAAAUAAACUCAAUUUAAUCACAUGUCAUUUGGUCUUCUUUCUGUCCUACAAAUACAAAAGCAACAGUUAUGUUUCCUAUAAGGUUGUAAGACUGUUCCAUUACUUUGUAC